AUGAUUUUCUUCGACAAAAGGAUGAUUACCCUCACACCAUUAUUCCUUCAUAACGGUUUCUAUACCUCAUUCUGGGUAUGUGUCUAUCCAACAACGCUUGUUUUCGCUAAGGCACUGUCAAGCCACAUAUAUCUUCCCGCUAUGUAUAGUUUCGCUGUGGGCAUAGGAGAAGUCGCGAUGGGUGUGAUCAUCAGCCUCAUGACAAAACGCAUCACGAACUUUGGACUCAAUCCAACCAUGUACUGUGCUUUUGGACUUACUACAAUAGUUAUCGCCAUUUUGAUCUCCUCUGUAUCCCCAUGGGCCACAGUGGAACAUUCCGAUGCUCCAGCUUUGCUGAUCCAACCAAGGUACAAGUUUUAUUCAUUUACAUGUUGUGCCCUGACUUCGCCUGGCUAG